GCUAAUGACAUGCAGAUGUCGAUUUGGGGGAAUUAUAGCCAAUAAAUGGCUGCAUUCAAGUGUGCCAACUCAUAAACAAGUAUUGCAUCCUUGUACAGGGUAUUACAAGGUAUCUGGUGUCCAUUGUGUAGCAGGGUACGGGAUUGCCGACGUACUCGGAAGCUUGUGAUGGUGAUGUGCUACAAAAGUAAUAGCAAUACAACCACAAUUACCCCGUAAAAAUAUACAACAAAAAAAGACUUGAAAUAUUUCACAUUUUUGUAUGCUAUUAUCAAUCAUAACAAAUCUAUGAAUCCAAACAAUUAUAGCAGUUUAUCCGAAAACGGCCAUUCCAACCCAACCUUGUUGUUAGUAUCUCACCUCAGCCUUCUCCUCUUCCUUCUCCUCCCCUUUUUCCUUUUCUUUCCCUCCCAACUCUAAUCAUUCUGAUGCUCGGCGCAGUUUACUUCCUUCGCGAUGUCUGGAUUAAAUCCUUUCCGCCUUAGUAGGAAGUCUGACGCGCUUCCAGUUACGACGCAAUUCGUUGAUGAUUCGCUUUUCGCUCCCCCUGAGCCUACUGGUUAUAGCAAUGAGAAGGAUAAUGGAAAUGAGAAUAUAAAGGCGUUUGACGCGCAGGACAACGAUAAUCAGAACGCCGCCGCUGCUACUCCUACCGUCGCGACAACGGCAUCGACAGCGGAAUCGACCAGGGAUGUUGAUACUAAAUCCAUGUCGUCAGAUGAUGGCUCGACGUCAGAUCCUUUCCGGCAGGCUUCACACUUGAGCGAUAAUCAUGGGGAUGGUGGGAGUUACAAUGAGACUCGACGGGACUCUGCCGUUCAGCCCGACGGUCUAUCAUCGGCACCUCCUACGAGCGCAGAUAUAUCAGCCAUGAAAGAAAGCAACGCAUUACAUCCAAAAUCUGCAAAGCGGGCUAGUCGUCCACUUCCCCCGCCUCCGCCUCCGACGGGGUCCCGGACUGCAAAUAGUAGCAGCACGGAUGUCUCUCAGUUAUCUACACGUUCGGGGACGGUGAACAAACGCACGUCGGUUACAGAUAUUGAUACAAGAUCCCUGAGCAGCAGGUCAGGGAACAGGGAGAAGAAACCACCGCCUCCUCCGAAGAGUCACCAUGGGAAGUUGAUCAAUAAUCCUGCGCAACCGGUGCCGGCCGAAUCGAAACGCUUUUCCUUUCAUGACUCUUCUUCCGAGACUUCGUUCUGUACACCGAGUACGCCGUCGCAGCCUAGCAAGCCGUCUGUCCAGCUGGACUAUUUUUCAAAAGUUCCAAAUGAAAGCCAGAAUCAGAACUUGAACUCGAACACCAGAGCGACGGACACGCUCAAACGCAGUCAGUCUCAAUACAAGCGUCCGCCUACGCCGCCGCUCAGUCGACGACAUAGUCAGAUGAAGAGAUCCAAAUCUACAUUAUCGUCCAAACAAAAUCAGAACCGAUUGUCACUACCUUUCGGGAGCGAGGGAGUCAAGCCCUCCCCGCCGCCGAGUCCAGGUACCACCACCACGUCAUUAAACCCGCCGGUGCAACGAACGUCGAGGCCGCUGUCAUUGCAAACCGAUGAGCAUACACUGAAGUCUACCCCGUCUCUUAAAGAGCAAGCGCCAUCCCCGCUAUCACCCACCGCGGAGUCACCACUAUCGAGAACAACAUCUAUCCGACGAACAGCGUCAGGGUCCUCUUCAGCCACAGCGCCUCCUCCACCACCCCCGCGACGGGCUCGUUAUAGCAAUGACGGUACCCAGCCUACUGGCUACAUGCAGCCGAAGAAGACAGAAGAAGAGAUUUCCUUCCAACCGUCAAACGCGAAUAAUAUCCUGGAGGAUCUAUCGCGGUUACAGAAAGAGGUGGAUGAUCUACGAGGACGGUAUGAGAGUCAUCAGGGGAGUCAUUAGUUGUCGAUGCAUUGUAUAAGCAGUUGUGACUCAUGAAUCUGACGUUAAUGAAUGUUUUUUUGUUUGUUAGUUACUCCGUACAUGUAUGAAUCCCUACCAUUGUACAUAACAUAAUGCAUACUCUGUAUCCGGCGGUGGCGAGAACUAGAACAUUGUUUGGAACGGAU